GCAUCAUAGGGAUACCAUCACGCGGCAUCCAAUGUCCGUGGGGCCGCGGCCUCCGCGGCCUUGGCUUCGAUGCUCGGGGCGCUCCUGGGCUUUGCGCUGCUGGAGGCGGCUAUGUCGCAGGACCUGACCUGUCACGGCAAGAACCUAGGCGAGAGCUGCGACGUGGGACUGGCGACGACGCCGGGCGUGUGUGCUUCCGUGGAGGUGAACGGCUUCUCGCAAAUGCUGUGCCUCGCCUGUGGCCCCGAGGGUCUCGACGGCAGCCUGGGGCGCUUAGGCACCUGGGGCGUCUUUGCAGUGGGCGUCACCUGCGGCUCAGUGGCCACCUCAGGGCUCCUGGCCGUGGCAUGGCGACUGCGGCGAAAGUUCGAGACGCCCUUCGAGGAGCUUGGUGCCAAGAAAGGCUACCAGGAGCUCAGGAUGCAGGGGCAUGCCCCCAUGCCUGCUCCACGGGCUGCAGAGAAGACCCGCGAUGCGAAAAGCGACGCUCGUGGUGUACGCACCCGCGAUCUACGGCCUGUGCCGAGCGUGUUGGGCAAGACCCAGGUCCGGCGCACGCGAAAGCCCUCGCUGAGGACGGAGAGUCGCAAAGAAGACCGAGGCCCUGAAGCGAGCAGCUGGCGGCGGCGCUUGGAUGGGAGGAGCGGCGGGUCUCAGGAGAUCCCGCGGGCGGGCAAGUGGGCACAGCUGGAGCUGCAGUUGAACCAAGAUCUCGCAGAGGCCGAGGAUGGGCUGUCCACUUGGGCUCCGCCGGCGAGCAUCGGCAAGUUGGAGCGCUCCCGAGGCUUCACUGAACCAGCGCCAUCGCGAUGCCUGCCGAAGCCGUCGAAGUGAUCACAGUCCAGGGAGUGGGUUGGGCA